AUGAAUCAAAGUAAUGAUAAUAAAAAAUAUAAUACAAGACUUGGAAGAUAUAAAACACAAGAUAUAAGUGUCACAAUUGAUGUCAACGAUGUGUUUGAAGAACUGGUUAAACAAAAUGAAAGACUUGUCAAAGAAAUUGAAUUUUAUGAAGAAGUGGUCAACGAUUUUGUGGUAAAUGUGAAGACAUGUAUUGUUUGUCAACAAAAUAAUGUCAUAAAAGACAGAAUCAGUCGAUUAGAGACACACUUGAAGAGUAAAACAAUCGAUAAGUCAACUAAUGUUAAGAGUGAUGAUAAAGAUUGCUACAAAAAUUUUAAGACAAAUGUCAAGACAAAAAGGUUACAAAAAUCAAUGAAAACAAAUAAAAAAUAUUUUAAAAAGAUUACAGAUUCUGAUACGUGUUAUGACAACGAUUCAGAUAAAAGUUUGAUAACAAAUGUAAAGACAUUGAAGAAGACAAAGAAAAAUUUAAAAAUUGCAUUUAAAAGCAACGAUAAAAUAAUUUUAAAAGAUGUCAAAGAAGUAACCGAUGAUAAUAACAGCAAAGAACCGACAGUUAAAAGUGUGAAAUUCAUAAAACAAUUCAGUGAUGAGUAUUCAAAACAAAGAGAAAAAUUAAAAAAUGACACAAUUACCAGUGAUGGCAGCUAUCAGUGCCAGACAUGUGAUUAUAAAGCCGUAAAAUUUGAAGAUUUCGAGACACACGUCAACCGAAAUCAUCUCAAAAUAAAGCCAUAUAAGUGUCACAUGUGUUGCGAACAUUUGUUUGGUUAUAAUGCCUUAAAACGACAUAAAAGAGUUAAACACUAUUAUGUUGGACAAGGAUUGGAUCAAUUGAAUGAUCGGCGAAAAUCUAAAAUUGCCGAAACUUUAUCUAAAUAUCAGUGUCAAUAUUGUCAAAAAUUCAUACACAACAUAAAUGUGCUUAAACGCCACGUGUUGCGCGUGCAUCAAAACAUAAAACUGCCUAAAUUUGCGUGCGAUAUGUGUAACAAAUCGUAUAGUAAUAAAAGUACACUUUCUGUACACAAACGUUUACAUCACGGUAUCGGACGAAAGUUACCGCUUUUCUACUGCGAUUGGGAGGGCUGUCAGUUCAAGACAAUCAAUGUUUCAGCGAUCGCGCCGCAUAAAAAAAGCAUACAUUUAGGUAUUCGUGAUUUGCAAUGUGAUUGGCCCGGUUGUGACUUUAGGUCGACCACCAAAUAUAAUCUCAAAAGUCAUCAGAUCGUUCACAGCGAUAAAUUUGACUACCGGUGCCAAUGG